AUGGUGCAAGGUGGAGAUAUAACUGCUGGUGAUGGGACUGGGGGCGAGUCAAUAUAUGGAUUGAAUUUUGAGGAUGAGAAUUUUGUUUUGAAGCAUGAGAGGAAAGGGAUGUUAUCAAUGGCGAAUUCUGGUCCCAACACAAAUGGAUCUCAGUUUUUCAUCACUACCACCCGAACACCACACCUUGAUGGGAAACAUGUUGUCUUCGGGAGGGUUGUAAAAGGGAUGGGAGUGGUUCGUGCAAUGGAGCAUGUUUGUGCUGGAGAAGCUGACCUUCCAACUGAUGAUAUUGUUAUUGUUGAUUGUGGGGAACUGCCAGAAGGUUCAACUGAAGGAGUUGCAAAUUUCUUCAAAGAUGGUGACAUGUAUCCUGAUUGGCCUAUUGACCUCGAUGAAAAGCCUGCAGACGUUUUGUGGUGGAUUAAUGCCGUUGAUUCUGCAAAGUCUUUCGGGAAUGAAAAUUUUAAGAAACAUGAUUACAAGGCUGCACUCAGAAAGUACAGAAAAGCUAUGCGGUAUUUAGAUAUUUGCUGGGAGAAAGAAGAGAUAGAUCAAGAGAACAGCUCAGCACUGCGGAAAACAAAGUCAAUUAUACUCACAAAUAGUUCUGCAUGCAAACUGAAGCUGGGAGAUGUGGAGGGUGCUUUGUUAGAUGCAGACUUUGCACUGCGUGAAACAGAGGGCAACGCAAAAGCUUUUUUCCGUCAAGGACAGGCACGCAUGACACUCAAGAAUAUUGAUGCUGCAGUUGAGAGCUUCCAGCGUGCGUUGGAGUUGGAGCCAAACGAUGGAGGAAUCAAACGGGAGCUGGCUGCUGCAAAGAAGAAGGUUACUGACAGACGCAAUCUGGAGCGGAAGGCAUUUUCCAAGAUGUUCGAGAUGUCAGGAAGUUCAGAGAAAAGUGGAGUAUUGGCAGCAAGUUCAGAGAAAAGUGACGAAGAUAAAAACUGA